AUGUCUCGGCCGGAGGAUACUCUCGCCGCCGACAUCCACUACGAUGACACCGAGGCGCGCAAGUACACCACCUCCUCCCGUAUCCAGAAUAUCCAAGCGACCAUGACCCGCCGUGCUCUCGAGCUCCUCGAUCUCAAGCACCCCUCCUUCAUUCUCGAUAUCGGCUGCGGGAGUGGCUUGUCCGGUGAGAUUCUUUCUGCCGUUGACCCUGAGGAUGGGGGUCCUCAUACCUGGGGCGACUUGAUGUUGGCCGACAUUGGCCAGGGCGUCCCCUUUCGGCCAGGCACCUUUGAUGCGGCCAUCAGCAUCUCAGCUAUCCAGUGGCUAUGCAACGCCGAAAGCAGCGAUACCUCGCCUGCGGGGCGCCUUACCCGCUUCUUCAAUGGCCUGUACGCCUCCAUAAGGCGCGGAGGUAGGGCCGUGUGCCAGUUCUACCCCAAGAACGAUACUCAGCGCGACAUGAUCACGCAGGCUGCCAUCAAGGCCGGCUUCGGUGCCGGUCUUCUCGAGGAUGAUCCGGGUACCAAGAAUAUGAAAUUGUAUCUCGUCCUCACGGUGGGCGGCGCGACUGCCGAAGGCUCGAGCGGUGACAUUACCGCUGUUGUUGAUGGAAUGGAGGACGUUGAUGUCAUGGAUACGAGACGAUCGACGAAGAGUGGCAGGGGCGAGAUCAAGAAGGGCAGCAAGGCAUGGAUCAUGAAGAAGAAGGAGCAGAUGGAACGCAAGGGCAAGGUCGUCAAGCAGACCUCCAAGUACACGGGUCGGAAGAGGCGUGUGGCUUUUAAGCCCCGCCUUUCUCGCCUUGUCCAUUGCUUCUUUUUCUCGCUCACCUAUUUCUGA